AUGGCUACUACCACUUUCUUCACUAUGAAUUCUGUUCAAAUUUUUAACGAAAAACAAGGUAUUCUUGAUAAUGUUGAUAAUGUUGAUAAUGUUGAAUUUUUAUUAGAAAAUAACUCUAACAACGACGAUAAUCGUUGUGAUUAUGGUGAUGAGAAAUACGAUAUAUCAAAAAAUGAUGAUAAUAACCGCGUUCUCAAAGUUGAUGAUCUCGAUGCUGAAGGUGUUUAUGGACUAUUUUGUGCUGCUGAUGAAUUUAUGCUCGAUGACCUUAUAGAUCAUAUACCUGAUAAUAUUGGCAAAGAUAUGGAUUUUUGGCAAGAUCAAGAUUGUAUACCUGUUAUUAAUACAAUAUUUGGUAUAGAUUCUUAUAAAAAACUUCGACGACAUUUAGUCAGAAAAAUAAAUUCUAACCCUCAAUGGCUAUUGGCUAUAGAAGAUUUAAGUUCGAUUGAAGAAUAUAUUCUUAUAGGGCUUCUUAGUCAAAAAAAUCUUACUUUUGAUCAUAUUACUAGAUGGGAUCUUAUCAUAAAAUGGUCUUUAUGUAGAAACCCAUCUCUUGAUAAGGUUAAGGUUAAAAAAUGGUCUGACGAUGAAUUUGGCUUACUUGGAUUAUCAGUUCGUAAUCUUAUCCCUCUAAUAGAAUUUACUGAAAUAUCAAGAAAUGAUAUUCAUGCAAAAAUUCUACCUUAUGAAAAAAUACUACCUCAUGAUAUUGAUGAUUCUGCUCUCAAGUGGUAUUUAACAAAAUAUCGUUAUAAACAAAAGAGUUAUCAAGGUCUCAAAAAUUCAAACCUUAUUAAUCAUGUACAUGCUUUAUAUUUUAAAAAAUGGAUUGGUGAUUUAUCAACAAAACAAAUUGAUAGCAAAGAAAAAGUUCCAUACAAGUACAGAUUUGAACUUAUAUUUAGAUCCUCUCGAGAUGGUUUUGAAAAUUAUUCGGAAAAAUGUAAUCAAGUUGGUCCAACACUUUGUGUGGCAAAAAUAGCUGGUCAAAGAUGUUUAAUUGGUGGUUUUGUUACACAUGGUCUUCAUACUGAAAAGAAAACUACUUAUGUACCUGAUGGAAUAAAUGUUCGAGAGAAUUUUCUUUUCUUUUUUGAUAAUCGAGAACAUGCUACAAAGCCAAUAAAGCUUUGUCGCAUGACCAGAUACGAUGUAUUAUAUCGACAUUUCUUAUCCGAAGAUGGUCCAUGUUUUGGUGAUUUACGGUUAAUAUUAAGAUAUAAUACCGGUGUAUAUUUACCUUCCUUUUAUACUCCUUAUUUCUCUAAAAUGUAUUUUGAUAUCGAAGAAUGUGAAAUCUUUAAGAUAGUAAAAACAAAAAAAUCUCCCAAUGACACGUGUCAUCGAUGUCAUAAACCUAUUAACGGUGACACUUAA